AUGGCGACUACAAACGAUCUUCCUGCCAUUGACGUGGACAGCUAUGACUAUAUCGUCGUCGGUGGUGGUACCGCUGGCUGUGUCAUUGCUGCACGUCUCGCCCAGUACCUCCCUAACAAGCGCACACUCGUCAUCGAGGGUGGUCCCAGCGAUUUCACCGAUGACCGUGUCCUCAACUUGAAGGAGUGGCUGAGCCUUCUCGGUGGCGAGCUGGACUACGACUACCCUACUACCGAGCAGCCCAACGGCAACAGCUUCAUCCGUCACUCCCGCGCCAAGGUCCUGGGCGGCUGCUCCAGUCACAACACUCUGAUCUCGUUCCGCCCCUUCGAGUAUGAUUGCCAGAACUGGGUCGCCAAGGGCUGCAAGGGCUGGGACUUUGAGACCUUCACCCGCAUGAUCGACGGUCUGCGCAACACUUUCCAGCCCGUGCACGCUCGUCACCGCAACCAGCUGUGCAAGGAUUGGGUUCAGGCCUGCUCUGAUGCCAUGAACAUCCCCGUCAUCGACAACUUCAACGCAGACAUCCGCAGGAACGGUGAGCUGACCGAGGGUGUCGGCUUCUUCAACGUCUCCUACAACCCGGAUGAUGGUCGUCGCAGCAGUGCCUCCGUUGCUUAUAUUCACCCUAUUCUGCGUGGCGAUGAGAAGCGCCCCAACUUGACCAUUCUCACCAACGCUUGGGUUUCCAAGAUCAAUGUCGAGGGUGACUCCGUCACUGGUGUUAACGUGACCCUGCAGUCUGGUGCCAAGCGCACUCUCCGUGCCAAGAAGGAGACUGUCCUCUGCGCCGGUGCCGUCGACACACCUCGUCUGAUGAUGCUGUCCGGUCUGGGUCCCAAGGAGCAGCUCUCUUCUCUGGGUAUCCCCGUCGUCAAGGACCUCCCCGGUGUCGGUGAGAACUUGCUCGACCACCCGGAGAGUAUCAUCAUGUGGGAGCUCAACUACCCCGUUCCCCCCAACCAGACCACCAUGGACUCGGACGCCGGUAUCUUCCUGCGUCGCGAGGACCCUAACGCAGCUGGAUUCGACGGCCGGGCCGCCGAUAUCAUGAUGCACUGCUACCAAAUCCCCUUCACCCUCAACACCGCCCGCCUGGGUUACGACGAGCCCAUCAACGCCUUCUGCAUGACCCCCAAUAUUCCCCGCCCCCGCUCCCGCGGUCGUCUCUACCUCACCUCCUCCGAUCCCUCAGUGAAGCCCGCGCUGGACUUCCGCUACUUCACCGAUCCCGAGGGAUACGAUGCCGCCACCAUCGUUUACGGUCUCAAGGCGGCCCGUAAGAUCGCCGAGCAGUCGCCCUUCAAGGAGUGGAUCAAGCGGGAGGUUGCCCCCGGCCCUGCCAUCCAGACCGACGAGGAGCUGUCCGAGUACGGUCGCCGUGUGGCGCACACCGUGUACCACCCGGCCGGUACCACCAAGAUGGGUGAUGUGACUCGCGACCCCAUGGCCGUCGUUGACCCUACCCUGAAGAUCCGUGGCCUGAAGGGUGUCCGCAUCGCCGAUGCCGGUGUCUUCCCCGACAUGCCCACGAUCAACCCUAUGCUCACUGUUCUGGCUAUCGGUGAGCGUGCCGCGGAGCUGAUCGCCCAGGAGGCUGGCUGGACCCGCUCGCAGCCCCGUCUGUAA